GUUUCGCGCAUGCGCACAAGCUAACGGUUCAGUGUUGAAGCUCGGAAAGCGACCAGACAGCAACACAUCGGUUUGCUUAUGGCAACCACAUCGCGGUGAAACAUCAAAACAAAGAGCAAGAUUGAUCUUAAACAAUACAUUGGGAAGCGACAGAGUAGGCUUCUUCAGCAAUGCACGGGCGCGACGCAUGGCUCUCCUCGUGAACAUUGAGGCUUCAGGAGAAGACGGUAUGUUUACAUGAGGGGUCGUGUCGAGACAGAUCGUUAAAAGAAGCGCAGGGUUUAAUAGGAAAGACAUUGCCGAAGAUGCUGAAGAGACUGGGCGCACCGGCGUCAUGCAGCAGCUGUCUCCUCUUCCUUCUCGCCUUCCUCUCGCCCAGGUAUACGCUGUCCAUCGGUGCCGACAAAAAUACGGUCAACAAGGAUGAUUAUUUUAGCGCCACGGUGAACGCCACCGUUUUGGACAAUAGAGGCAAUCCUCAACAGAUGGUCACCAAGAAUGACGGGCGGUACGGACAGAACUCACCCAAAACAGAGGCGAAGGGGAUUGUAAUCGCACCUGCGGCUGUGAAUGGGGCUGUGGAUCUUCAAGGCUGCUGUCCAUACACCCGGUUCAUAGUACCUCCAAAGAACACACACUGGGUGGCCAUAAUGCAGAGGGGAAAAUGCACCUUUAAAGAGAAGAUCCUAAAGGCAAUCGCAUUCAACGCCUCAGCCGUCAUUAUCUACAAUAACGGCUCCAAAGAGGAAACAGUCACAAUGGCUCAUGAAGGCACUGGGGACAUUGUAGCGGUGAUGAUAACCGAGUCCUUUGGAAAGGAGAUUCUGGGCUUCCUGGAGAAGAACCAGACUGUCCAUGUAUCUGUAGCGGUGGGGUCACGAGGGCCGCCCAAGAACAUCAGUCGUGGCUCUUUGGUGUUCGUCUCCAUCUCCUUCAUUGUGCUGAUGAUUAUCUCCUCCGCCUGGCUCAUCUUUUAUUUCAUCCAAAAGAUCAGAAUCAACAGCGCUCGGGGACGUAGUCAGCGACGGCUGGGAGAUGCUGCCAAAAAGGCCAUUAGCAAGCUGACAACCAGGACAGUAAAAAGAGGGGACAAGGAAACAGAGCCGGAUUUUAAUCAUUGUGCAGUGUGCAUCGAAGGUUAUCAACUAAAUGAUGUAGUUCGCAUCCUACCUUGCAAGCAUGUCUUUCAUAAAAUGUGUGUGGAUCCAUGGCUAAAUGAGCACUGCACCUGUCCUAUGUGUAAACUCAACAUCCUAAAAGCCCUGGGGGUUAUGCCUAACCUGCCCUGUGUGGACAACAUGGCUUUUGACAUGGAUAGGAUGUCUCGUAGUCAAACGUCCAGUCAGAGGAUGGCGCUGAUGGAUCUGUCCUCUGAGACCAGCAUCAGUCUGGAGCCCCUACGGCACUCCAGUUCCUCCCAGCUCCCCUCCGAUGAAGAGCUCAUCCCUCGUACAGGAGAGAUCAACAUUUCUGUUACUAGUGGUCAUUUCUUCAACCGGAAUUCUGUGUCUCCACGCAGUGUGGUCUGUGAGAUGGAGCUUCCAGACAUCCAGGCGUCGCUGGACAUGUACGACGACAACAAGUCUUGAGGACACGCACCCGCUCUACCUUAAUCCCGUUAUGAGUGUGAAAUGGAGUAUUGACGACUAUGGCGAUGAACUCUACCACUGUAGAAGGAUCUUCAUAGAGAUCAACCACAUCAAGCAGAAGUGACUGGACUGCUGUUAUAUACGCCAGCGCCAUCAUCUGCCUCCUUACACUUUUAAACUUUAUGUCUCUAUCUUUCUUUAUAAAACUAUUUGUGGAAGACUAUUUCAAAAGACAUCGUACACAGAUGGCUGUGGAAAGUACCUCUCGGUUUGUUUCUCUGUUAUUCUCGGUUAACUACAAAUGUCGUCUGUGGACUGAAGUCGUCUCAUUUAUGUAAUUUGCCGGUUUGAUUUGUUUUUACGUUCCAAUGCUUCUUAUUGUGCUAGGUGGGAAAACUCUCUUAGACAGUGGUUAAAGGAUCCAAACUGAGCCUUUAUAAGACAGCUGUCUGCUUUGUAUCUCCUGCUUUUGUAGCUACACAAUGAACUCGUCCUUCAUACGCUUAAAUGCUACAGCUUCACAUUUAGUGCUGGCCAGUUAGCAAUCAAAAUCCUCUACAGUUCAGCGUUACUUCCUCAUAGAAAUAUACAGUAUUUCUCUGUACAUAGAUUCAAAUGUUUUAAACAUGUAUUUAAAGAAAAUCCUAUGGAAUACCUACAGCGAACACUAAUCAGUUCCAUGCAAGGGGACCUAAUAUAUAUAUGAAUAUAUACAGUAUUUGCAUAUAACAAUUCAUAUAUCCCUCUCAAGUGGCCUCUUAGCACAAUUUGUCUUUCCUGGAUCUUGUCCGUGCACAAGAGUGUCUGUCUGUUUGUUCUAGUUUUCCUAUCAGAUGUUUUUUUUUUUUUUUUUGUAUGGCAUUGAGACCAUACUGGACUGCACUCACACAGAAUCUCAGAGCUGGAGUGCUGAUUCUGUACCGGUUUUGUUGUUUUGCCAUUGUUACAAACAGGACAGGGCAGGAUAACCUGAUCCUGGGUAAGAACCCAUACUUUGAGUCACAGUGAGUAAAGGGGUAUGCUUUAUGUGGGUCAUGGUAGUGAAUUACAUAUGUUACAUACUGCCUCAGCAUUAAACUUGUCAUAAUUGCC